AGGUGGCCCAACAUCGUGACAUGACAUCUGGCCCGUUGUCCAUUGCCUCCCACUAAACAAGAGAACGACUUUCGAGCGUAUUUGUCGUUGGCUUUUCAUCAUCAGCUCCCAGCUUUUGCGAUUACCGAGGCCUUUGCUUCUUUUUUCCUUUACCGAACUGCACUUCAUACUGACCGCAUCAUGUGGAUCAUCAACUGGUUUUACGAUAUUCUUGCCUCACUAGGCCUUCUCAACAAACAUGCCAAACUCCUCUUCCUCGGAUUGGACAAUGCGGGCAAGACGACAUUACUACACAUGUUGAAGAAUGAUCGUGUUGCAAUCCUGCAACCUACAUUACAUCCUACCUCUGAGGAACUAGCAAUUGGCAACAACAGAUUUACAACUUUCGAUUUGGGUGGUCAUCAACAAGCCCGCCGCCUCUGGCGUGAUUAUUUCCCUGAAGUCUCUGGCAUCGUCUUCCUUGUGGAUGCCAAGGACCACGAACGUCUCCCGGAAGCCAAAGCCGAACUUGACGCCCUUCUUGCCAUGGAAGACCUUGCAAAAACUCCCUUCCUGAUUCUCGGAAACAAAAUCGAUCAUCCUGAUGCCGUGUCGGAAGACGAGUUGAGACAUCAGCUGGGCCUGUAUCAGACCACAGGAAAGGGUCGGGUGCCGUUGGAAGGGAUCAGACCAAUCGAAGUGUUUAUGUGCAGUGUUGUCAUGAGGCAAGGUUACGGCGAGGGCAUCCGAUGGCUCGCGCAGUAUGUGUAAGCCUUGCACAUAGACAGGCCGCAUGGCGAUCCAAGUCCAGCCUCCCGGUCUUCGUCCGGUCAAUAUCAAGGGAACACCUUGAGACAUCAAUACUAUGAACAAGCCAUUCAAGAUCCCCCUCAAGGUUUGCACAAGCCUGAACGGGCCAUAUACCAUGGGGAAAGUCAGCUUCUCUACCACCAAGCGAGACAUCCCACGUUGGAGACCAAGUAAUGUCAGAUCAUGAAAUCCACAUUAGAAGCUCUUUCUUCACAGAUUCUUAAGCUUGUGCAGCAAUUGAGAUCUCUCUCUUUUUUUUUGCUGGCCAAUCCAUGGCUGUCUCGUCGUCCGAGGUAGAUCACCUUUACAAGCACACCUGUACCUUGUUUACUUCAAUUUUCAAUAGGAUCCUGGUAUCCGUUUGAUUGCAGAAUUCAGUCUUUCGCCGCACUGGGUCAAUCAGUCCCCAGCACCCACGCUCCCCCCCGGCCCCUUUCCAACCCCAGCAACAACGACAGGAGCAGCA